CGGAUAAGAUACAAGCCUGAUCAUAGACACAGAAAAGCUUCCAAAUAUUGAAAAAAAAUAAAAAUGGCUACUCUUUCAAUUCCACUCUCUCCAAACAGUUUCUGUCUCCGAAGUUUUACACCCAAAAGCCAAGUUUUUCCCAUUCCAAAACUCCACUCUUCCAUCACAAUCACUUGCUCUGCUAGAGAUGGUUCUGAAUCCAAAAGAAGCUUAUUCCAUUUCAAGGAAAUUAAGAAUGUAGCUUGUGGUAUUCUUGCUGUUUGGGCUUUGACUGCUACCUCACCUGUAAUUGCUGCUAAUCAGAGGCUGCCUCCAUUAUCAACAGAGCCCAAUCGAUGUGAGAAAGCAUUCGUUGGUAACACAAUAGGUCAGGCAAAUGGUGUUUAUGACAAGCCGAUUGAUCUCCGAUUCUGUGAUUACACAAAUGAUAAAUCCAACCUCAAGGGGAAGUCUCUCGCAGCAGCACUUAUGUCAAAUGCCAAGUUUGAUGGUGCAGACAUGACAGAAGUGGUGAUGUCAAAGGCAUAUGCUGCUGGAGCUAGCUUCAAAGGUGUAGAUUUCUCAAAUGCAGUUUUGGAUCGUGUUAAUUUCGAGAAAGCUGAUCUCAAAGGAGCUGUAUUUAGAAACACUGUAUUGUCUGGCUCCACCUUUAAUCAAGCUCAGUUGGAAGAUGCAGUUUUUGAGGACACCAUUAUUGGCUACAUUGAUCUUCAAAAGCUUUGUACUAAUACUUCAAUCAGUGCUGAUGGAAGAGCUGAGUUAGGAUGUCGAUGACCUCAUAUUAUCAUCUUUCACACAUUUCUUCUAUCCUUUGAAUAAACAAACGUAGGCUACUAUGUCACAUGAAGAAUUUUGUAAUAGAUACCCCAUUAAAUAAUUAUUGUUGUAAAGGAAUUAUAUAUGUGUUGAUCAUUGCUAUUUCUUAGUAUCUUGGUAAUUUUUAUUGAUUUUUGACCUACAAUUUAAGGAAGAAGGUAUUAUAUG